AUGAUACCUCGCUCUGAUGAUGUCCGUCAUAUGACGCACGAAAGUUUAACACAUUUUCACCGGAAUCGAAGGAGAUUGCCUCGGAUACAGCGUCAGCAUGAAUGUUCCCGUGAAGCCAAUCGCCAGUUGGUCAAGAGAAAUCGCCCGUCGUCUUCUGGUGGAAUCGACCUUCGAAUCUCUUCACCAAACACUUCCACUCGAAAUGGAAGUAAGCACAACACUCUCUUAAAAGAGCCGUUGCAAUGUUGUGAAGACUUAUAUUCUGUACGAAAGGUCAGAAUGUACAGAUUGGUAGGUCGAUUCCACCAGAAGACAAAGGCUAAUUCCGACUCUUCUGAACGUCGUAUUAAAGCUAGACGGCAGCAGCACAAAAGUGUUCAUUCGUCAUCUUCUGAUGAGAUCGGCCUUUGA